UUUUUUUUUCUUUCAUUUUAAUCCCUUCCUCUCCCGAUAAAAUCCAGAUACAGUUUGCUCUUAGCUCUUAGCUUCAUCUCUCUCCGUAGAGAAAGUAUACAUAAAUUCAGCUACAAAAUCGAAUAUCAAAGCCCUAGAUUUCUUGGUCAUUUCGGCGAAUUUUGAGUUAUGAAUCGGUGAGAAUAGGAGGGGAGCAAUUGGUGUCGUCUGUGAAGAAAGAAGAGGAGAUAAAAGGGGGGGAAGAUGUAUGGUCAUAGAGAGAGAGGGGUGGGUGGGUCCAAGGCGGAGGUAGGGACGGUGGAUCGGAAGCGGAUCAACGAGGCGCUUGAUAAACAGCUGGAGCGAUCGUCGCCGUCCACUUCCAGGGCGAUCAACGGGAAGGAUAAGUCUGUACACUCCAUCCUCACGGGGAAGCUUCCUCCUGAUCACCGUGACUCUCGCUCUGCUUCGCUCCCCAAAGCCAACGCCUCCGACGAAGAAUCUGAAACGGAUAGUGAAGAGUCAGAUGUUAGUGGUUCUGAUGGGGAUGACACAUCCUGGAUCUCAUGGUUCUGCAACCUCCGUGGAAAUGAAUUCUUUUGUGAGGUUGAUGAUGAUUACAUACAAGAUGAUUUUAACCUCUGUGGACUGAGCGGUCAAGUUCCCUAUUAUGAUUAUGCUCUUGAUUUGAUUUUGGAUGUUGAAUCUUCUCAUGGAGAUAUGUUUACAGAGGAACAGAAUGAGUUGAUUGAAUCUGCUGCAGAGAUGCUUUAUGGUCUGAUUCAUGCUCGAUAUGUUUUGACUAGCAAAGGAAUGGCUGCAAUGCUAGACAAAUUCAAGAAUUAUGACUUUGGGAGAUGCCCCAGAGUGUACUGCUGUGGACAACCAUGCCUUCCUGUUGGUCAAUCAGAUAUUCCACGGUCAAGCACCGUAAAAAUAUACUGCCCUAGAUGUGAAGAUAUUUACUACCCCCGGUCCAAGUAUCAAGGCAACAUAGAUGGAGCCUACUUCGGUACCACUUUUCCUCACCUGUUCCUGAUGACAUAUGGAAACCUGAAGCCGCAAAAAGCAUCCCAGAAUUACAUUCCAAGAGUUUUUGGAUUCAAGAUCCAUAAGCCAUGAUGGUGGUUUAAAAGCUCCAUUUGGGGAAUUGUUCUCUUGAGUUUGUAUUAUCUAGCUUCUAUCUGGAAGAAUGCCUUUGAGAGUUGAGGUAUAGUUCAUUAGUCGUUGAUGUAAUCCUGUUCUAGGUUCUUUCUCUUGUUAUAUGUCUUGAAAAUUACCAUAAAGCAUAUUUGCAACCAGCAAGUAUUAUUUUCAAUGAACCUGUUGAUUCAGCUAUUCUUCUUUAUCAUCAUUCUUGGUAGAGAGUAACUAUUAAAUCUGCCCUAUAACU